AUGCAAAGUCUCGAGUGCGCGGGAGACGAGUCUAUGGAAGAUGUCUUCCUCCAAGAUGACCUUCGCCCAACCAUCGCCGAGCAUGCGAGACAAUGUCAGUCUCUUUUCCACAAGUACAUGGUCAUGCCGGAAAUCGUGCCAGACCCUACUACCAUAGACGACCAGCUGGCACGCUUUUCCCUGUGGGCAUCAAACAUGGAUGUUUACGGGCCGCUCAAUGUCUCGCUGGACUACAGACUCCGAUUCAGUCCUGUGGCCGCGGAUAUCAUACACCAGCUCCUGGAUAUUAUCUACGAUACCUUACUGUCUUCCGACGACGACACAAGUGACUCAGAGAGUGAUACCGAUCCAGCAGAGGAGAAUAUUUUGAAGAUCACCGAGACAAUCGGCGGAACAUUGACGCGACUCUUCCGUUUAUCCAACGCCGUUCGAAAGUCCGCUAAAUCCAACCGGGCUCGCAAGAUUGAGAGGUACAGAGACGACGAAGAGGCAAACAAGGCCAUAGAUGAGUUGCGUCUUUAUACCAAAUGCUAUAUUGAAUUCCGGUAUCCCGAGGCGCCGGAGGCGCUCCGCUCAGCAUUAGUCGAAACCAACGCCCUGCGACUUCGACGGCUGUAUUAUCAGCGCUCCCAUCGAAGGCGCAUUGACCUGAGUAGUCAGAAGUCGGAAACGACUCCAGCCGUUAUCCAACUCCCCAAAAUGACGGGGAGUGCGCCAGCUGUACAGUUUGCGCUGAGUGCGCUGCCGCAGCCUACGAGGACCAACAAAAUUCCGGCCCCUUCCCCAGUGCCAGCAACGAAUGCGACUACUGCUCGACAAACUGCCGUUGCGGCCUUCUACGCUAAAUCCACAACCGAGGUUCCCCGGGCUAAAUCUGUUCUCGUGAACAACAAGUUGUCGUUCCCUCCCAUACCGCCGACGCAGCAGUGUCCAUACUGCGGCGUCAUUGUUGAGUUCAAGAACAUUGCAAAGUCAUUACAGUGGCAAAACCAUGUCAUCGGAGAUCUGGAGCCUUUUAUUUGUGUUUUUCCACACUGCCUGGAACGAGAUCACCACGGGCACGGGACCGGUCCGCUCACGUUCGAAACAUCGAAAGCCUGGGCCAGCCACAUGCAGACCGCUCACGGGCAUACAUGGGAGUGCAGGGCCCCUUCUCACGACCCAAUCGUCUUUGACCUAGAAAUCCAGUACCGGGAGCAUUCCAUCAACGAGCACGGCGUGCCUGAAGCGCACGCCGGGACCCUCAGCAACGCCGCACGGAGGCCAGUCCUCGAUAGGGUACUGGAGUGUCCAUUUGGCGACGAUUUCCAACCCUCAGGAAAGAUAGAAAACAGCACCGUCUUCUCCAGUGACGCUCUACAGUCACAUGUCGCCGGUCAUAUGAAGGAAAUUGCUCUGCUUACACUGCAAAAGCUUCCCAGCGACGAUGACGAGAGCGCGGAGAAUGUCGAUAGCGACCAACCGUUAGAAGAUGAAGGGCCCGCCGGGGCUGUUGGAAUUACACGUGCAUCCAUGUACAGCGUAUUGGACGACGAGGACCUGGACUUCCAGAACGAUGACGCUGAGGCUGCCGAUGGCAAUCUGGGACACUACGAAGAGUACAUCAGUACACAGUGCCUCUUAGAGGACGACCGUAUACGAUCCACUGCCUCUCAGCAGGACAACCAUGGGUGGUCCGUUCUUCAUUUGGCCAUCCACAAUCGAGACCUAGCCACCGUCCGUAUCCUGCUCGACAAAUCCGUCAUUGCAGAGCCUCAGACCCUAUUCGACGAAAGCAACCUCACUGCAGAAGAAUGGUUGGAUCGCGGGCCGACAAGCCAUUCCCAGAAAGCCACCAGCAACUUAGCGUUCAGCAAGUCGCGCUGUUGCCGGGCCGUCACAAGCCUUCGACAAGCUGUUACCAUGGGCAACGUUCCCAUGAUCAAACUUCUGUUCAAAAUGGGUCACGACAUCAAUGGAAUGGAUUCUGGAAGGAGGACCGCCCUCUACCAUGCCGCGAAGAAGGGCAUGUUUUCCAUCAUGUAUCUACUACUUGACCUGGGUGCGAAUCCCAACAUUCUCCCCACGGGGCGGAAGAACUGGGAAGAAUUCAUUUCGCCUGGUGACAUUUUACUGCGGCUCAACCAAGCAGGAUACUUGAAGCAAGAUACCGACCAUGAGGUAGAGCGCCAGAUUCGUCACGCACUUAAAGUGCAAAGUCAGCCGUCUGUACCGGAUCAACCAGUCUGGUUCGUAUUGGGCGAGUCGACUUUACCAAUGCCGGACCAAUCUGUCUCCCAUGGGCCGGACCGACCGUCCUCGUCUAUUCCAGCUUCGUCAAUGCCACCUGCUCCGGAUCAUGCAGCUCCAAGUAAACCGACACACUCACCGGCGCCUACACACCAAAGAAAUGGCAAUAAGCGCAAGGCAAGGUCAGGACUCACGAAUUGGUGGAAACGGCUCAUAGGUGGGAGAUAG